AUGGGUCCCAGAAGCGGUUGUCAGCCACUCUUUUGGUUGCUGUCUGUAGCACUCUUUGCCUUCUCGGCCUCUGCUGCCACCGAGGCCUCCCCCCCGAUCGAGAGCGUCAACCUCGCCAGUCCCUUGGACGAUGGCUGCCCCCAAGCGUGCCAGGAUGUCGGCUCUGAUCCCACCGGCUGGACGCAAAUCCACAGCUGGGGCGAGCUCACUGGAUGCUCGCAGCCGCUUCUCUUUGCCCUGAACGUCCAGAACACCCCGAGCGAGUUCGCCACUAUGCAGACCUGCACCAAGUCGACCACCACGACUCGCAGACAGGAGGCCAACCACGUCGAAGCUAGAGCCGCCGAGGGAACCACCGUUUCCAUUGCCAACAACUGCGGCGCUGAAAAGUCCACCGUCAAGGCCGCCACUUCGUUCGGUCCUGCGGGAGUCGUCAGCGGAGGAAACGAUGUCGCUGCUGGCGCCAAGUUGCUUGCUGAAUACUUGGUUGAGGACGCCACAUGCGGACCUACAGUCAUGUUUGCCAAGUCUGGCAAUGCUGUUGUUGGUAUUUACGUUGGCUCAGAGGUUCAGAAGACCAGCGCUGCGGACCUCAUUACUCAAUCAAGUUCGUAUUCCUAUCUUCCAUCUUCCCACAUCCUCGACAGGCCCCGGAACAAUCUAACAAUUAUCUCAGUUGAUCGCUUGACCAAGGGUAGCCAAAUUAUCCAAACCUGCGACCCCAACGACAAGACCACCCAGACCGUCGGCCUCUUUGCCGUUGGUGCCGUCAAAAGCCUCGGCGACGCCCAAAAAGCCGUCAAGGCCUGGGCGAGCGGCAACUGCGUCUCUGUUGAAGGAUCAACAACCGACGUGGACCUCGGAAUCCUCGUUGCCCCUAAAGUCGCCAAGCGCAGCGUCGAGCUUCGAUCCAGGAUCAAUGACCAUCACGCGCAGCUCUUUGCUCGAGCUGAUUGCAAGACUACCAAGGUCGUGUCCGGCGAUAGCUGCGCUUCUCUGGCAAAGCGAUGCGGCGUCACUGCGGCCAACUUCACCAAGUACAACCCGGGUACCAACUUCUGCUCCAAGCUCGCUGUCAACCAGGUUGUUUGCUGCAGCGCCGGAACGCUCCCCGACAAGAAGCCCAAGCCCCUGGCCGACGGCACCUGCUUCACCUACUCCAUCAAGUCUGGCGAUUCAUGCUACACCUUGGGCCAGGCUUACACUCUCACCGAGACUGCCAUCCGAUCGUUCAACAGGAACACCUGGGGCUGGGCUGGCUGUGACCGUCUGUCCCUGGGACAGCGUAUUUGCCUGAGCUCUGGAAAGAACCCGAUGCCAUUGCCCGUUACCGGAGCCGUGUGUGGACCGUUGGUGCCGGGAACUGUGAGGCCUUCGACUGCCAAGCUUGGCUGGGAUCUCGUCAACCUCAACCCUUGCCCCCUCAAGGCCUGUUGCUCUGGCUUUGGAUUCUGCGGAAUUACCGGCGAGUUCUGCACCAACACGACUGCCCAAGGUGCUGGACCUGGAACCUACAAGGCUGGCACCGCUGGCUGCGUUUCCAACUGCGGCACCAAGAUCACUGGCAACACUGCCAAGCCGGCCAAGUUCAUCAGCGUCGGAUACUUCCAGGGCUACAACGUCGGCCGCCCGUGUCUCAACAUGGACGCGUCGAAGCUCGCUGCAAAGACCGAGUUCACGCAUAUGCACUUUGCCUUCGCUGGACUCACCACCUCCUAUGCCGUAACCCUGCAGUCGGGCGUGACUGAUCAGUUCAACAAGUUCGUCGCCAUGAAGGGGCCGUGGAAGAAGAUCAUCUCCCUCGGAGGAUGGGCCGACUCAACCGAUGCCGCCACGUUCGAACGAUACCGUUAUGCCAUGAAGGCUGCCAACCGAGAAAAGUUUGCCAGCAGCGUGCUUGCGUUCCUCAACCAGUACAAGCUGGACGGAGUCGACUUUGACUGGGAAUACCCCGGUUCUGCCGCCUCCGCCGGAUCUUCGGAUUCCACCGCCGACACCGACAACUACCUCGCAUUCUUGACUCUGAUGAGGAAGAAGCUUGGAACUAGCGGCAAGACCAUGUCGUCUGCCCUCCCUGCGGCUUACUGGUACUUGAAGCCAUUCCCUGUGGCCAAGAUGGCGCCUCUCCUCGACUAUGUCAUCUUCAUGACCUACGAUCUCCACGGUCAAUGGGAUUACGGCAACCAGUACGCCAGCCCCGGCUGCCCAACCGGCAACUGUCUUCGAUCCCACGUCAACAAGACCGAGACGAUGGAUGCCCUUGCCAUGAUCACAAAGGCAGGAGUCCCCGCAGCCAAGGUCAUUGUCGGUGUCUCCAGCUACGGCCGCAGCUUCAAGAUGAAGGACCCCAAGUGCACCGGACCGAAAUGCCAGUUCACAGGCAGCUUCAGCGUGUCCAACGCAGAGCCUGGCAAGUGCACCGGCAGCGCUGGAUACCUCGCCAACGCCGAAAUCGGCAAGAUCAAGGCCAACGCCACCGCCGGCGUCGCAGGAACAUCGGCUACCACUUGGUACGACGCGGCUUCGGACUCGGAUAUCAUGACUUUCGGAACCAAGGGUCUGGGCCAGACGGAUUGGGUUGCCUACAUGGGCACAACCACGAAGACAAGGCGCAUAGCAUGGGUCAAGAGCCUCAACUUUGGUGGAACCAUCGACUGGGCUGUCGACCUCCAGAAGUUUUAUUAA